UAACUCGUAAGGGCCUUUGGUGCUUCUCAAUCCAAAUAUUAGCACCGAUUUUCCAGUGGCGAUUAAUUCGCCGAUAGAGCUUCAUCCGCCUUCGUUCUUUCAUGGCGUUCGAGGCUUACGCAUCCGCGAACCCUAACCAGGUUCAUUCUGAUGUGCUUCUCAAAGCUAGAGAGUCUUGCUACAAGGCUAGAGACGCUUUUUACGCAUGCGUGGAGAAGGAAUCCCACAGAAAACCCACAGAGAUUGGAUCGGUUGGUCAUCAAGUUGAAAGCCGUUUAGGAUUUGAUGAGUUCAGGGGCUCUUCCUGGGUGAAGCAUUUUGAUAGGCAGUACUGUCGGAACAAGAGAGUUCAAAGACUUUUGGACGAUGGAGACUCCAGGAAAGGUCCGUUGUCACUCCCUCAGCCUUAUACUUUCAAGCCCACGCCUUCCCCUUCGUAGUUUACUCUCUUCUUCUCUGUGUUGAUGUUGCUUUUGGUUGGGACAUGUAAGUUUCAUGGUGUAAAGACGCAAUAACUUGAGCAGUGCAGUUUCCAUUCUGUGAACUUUGAAGUUUCGAGCACAUGUA